UUAUUUUUCUGGUUCUGUGGUUUAGUUGUGACAACUCCGAAUGUUUGACAGUUCUUUCGCGUUUGACAAUUCAAAAUGAAGAUCGGUCUGUGCGCGUAUAGUGGAUACAAGAUCUAUCCCGGCCAUGGGAAAACUAUGGUCAAAGUGGAUGGCAAGUCCUUCACAUUCUUGAACUCAAAAUGUGAGGCCGCGCACUUGAUGAGGAGGAAUCCUCGUAAAGUGACAUGGACUGUGCUCUACAGGCGCAAGUUCAAGAAGGGUCAAGAAGAAGAGCAGACCAAGAAGCGCACCCGCAGGACCCAGAAAUACCAGAGAGCCAUUGUUGGUGCCUCCCUCAGCGACAUUAUGGCCAAGAGGAACAUGAAGCCUGAGGUGCGCAAGGCUCAGAGAGACCAGGCCAUCAAGGCUGCCAAGGAACAGAAGAAGUCCACCAAGGCCGCCAAGAAGGCCACCGCUCCCCCCACAAAGGCGAAGGCUGCCCCCAAGGCUAAGGCCGCUAAAGUGAGCCAGAAGUCCGCGCCUCGCGUUGGUGGAAAGCGAUAAGACCUUUGUAAUUAAACAUCUAAGCUAA